AUGUUCGACAUUGACUGGAAGGGCCUUGCCCUUCCAUUCGCCUACCUCAUCGUCCUCGGCGGCGCCCUCAUGACGUUUUCCACAAUCUAUCGCAGACGGAAGGCUGCUGAAAGCGCAAACCUCGCGCCCUGGUUCGGCCCUCACCUCCAGCGAGACAUCUACCUCUCCCUCCUGCAUCUCGAUCCCGAAGAAGGCGCAGAGAAAGCCCCCAAGGUUCCCGAUGGCGUCCUGCGAGCGGCCCUCCUGCGUCGCGCGGUGGAGGACAUCGAGCGCCUGAUCCACAUCAAGACUGCCAAGCAAGCGUGCGGAGCGCUUCUGCAGAGGGGAAGCGUUGGCGAUGACCUGUGGCAGCGCUUCCUGCGCGCAGAGAAGGAAAUGGAGGAGGAACUGAGAGACGUCGUUACCGAGGCCAACGCUCUGGCGCCAAACUGGGGCUCCAUCAUCUUCCAGUCCGCACACGAAAUCGCCGCCAACACCAAGCUCCGCCAGCGCCUAGAGGAAAUCCAAGCCCAGACUGAUGCCGAGAAGGCUUGGUGGGAUAAGAAACGAGGACAGAUCCGCGCAGAUUUCAUGAAGGAGCUCGAGGAAUCCGAGAAGGGCUCAACAAAGGACGCUCACGAGGACGACGCUGUAGUUGUUGAUUCCCCCAAGAAAUGA